UUAUUGUAAUAUUAUUUAAUUUAUAAAAUUGUUUAUCUUUCUUUUCUGCGGUAAUAAAUUCAACACAACCAAUUUAAGCAUAUAAUGAAGCUUACUAAAAUUAUUGUGGUAUUUACUAUUAAAUGAAAGUUUGCCUACAGAUCAGGGAGUUAAUACUGAAAAGGAUUAUGUUUAUUAAUUAUACACUUUUAUGAAGCGUGUUUGGUCUGGUUUACUUCAUCAAUUACCUAGGAUGUCUAAUCUUCCACCGCGUAAAGUUUGUUUGUCACAUAAAUCAUCUAAACAAGAUACGACCCCACUUCAAAUUUUACUGCAAAUGGGAUUUCCAAAACACCGGGCAUUGAAAGCAUUGGCGGCCACAGGCAAUCGCAGUGUUCAGUUAGCAUCUGACUGGCUGCUUACCCAUGUAAAUGAUACAUCAAUUGAUGUAGAUGAGCCACGAGAGUAUAUAUUCUAUGCUAGCCCCACUGGACCCUUACUUUCACAAUUACUAGAUUUCUGGGAGAAAUCAAAAACAAAUAUUGGCUGGAAUGGAGCACACAAUUAUCCACCCCAUAUAACAUUGGUGUCAUUUUUUAAGGCUCCUGAUGAGACAUCCCUUCAACUAGCACGAGCAGUAAAGCAAGUUGUAGAAAAUGUAGGAGAUCCACCAAACAGCCCAUUAAAAUUGGAGCCUUAUAUAUCCCAAAAUUUCAUGGGGCUCUUUGUAUCUGAGGAGCAUGCUGAUUAUUUGAAAAAAAUUGCAGUGCAAUAUGUUAAACAGGUGUCAUCAGCUUUGGGGGUUAUGGUGGAUACUUAUGAACACUUGGAUGCCUUGGGAACAUGUUUUCCUUGGUGCACGAUGCCGCAAGAAAAACCUAUUAAAUCAGCCAUAAACCUGGAAGCGCAUGUGAACUCGUUGCAUAUAACGUUAGCAUAUCAUUUCGACGUGGCGGUAUACGAUGAGCUUAAAUCACUUGUUGACGAGUUGCAACCGUUUGAACAAUCGAGCUGGGAACUGAGACUGUACUCGAGGGAUCCUCGUUUUGCUAAUCACCAGGUAUAUAAGGUCAUGCAAGGUUAUACUCCGAAAGCUAGCGAUGAACUUGAACUAGUUCUAGGAGAUUAUAUUUAUAUUGAUGAAAAGGAGUUUGACAGUUCCUCCGACGGCUGGGUGCACGGCACGUCGUGGCUGACAGGUGUCAGCGGUUGCCUUCCAGCAGUGUACACCCGGCGUACGGCUGAGUCGGACGCUUGGACUCUACAUAGGGCCAUUUCGCUUGGAAACAACAUCUGUUUUACAGGCACAGAUAAUAAAUCAGAAUCGGACUCAAACUUAGAAAUGGCGAGGAGUUACCCACAUGAAGACGCUUCACAACUCGGUUUCGAAAAGUCGGAAGAGAGCUAUACCGAAUGGGCCAAGUUUUGGGAAGCACAAGUAGCCCAAACAUCUCCCGACGUAUUGACUUCAACUGCCGAUGAUCACAAGACCAGCAGUUCUUCAAGAAACGGAGACGCCGAAUCCAAAUUAUGCAGUAAAAAUGCAACAAAUGGGCAAAAUACGGAUCGACGCUGGUAUUUUGCAAUGCGACACGGCGAGCGGGUAGACCUUACAUACGGGCAGUGGGUACCAUAUUGUUUUGACGAAAAUGGCACCUAUGUUAGGAAGGACUUGAAUAUGCCCCUGAGCCUUCCUGAACGAGCCGGCGGAAAAGAUUCGUACGCUAAAGACACGCCACUGACGCGUGUAGGACGCUUGCAAGCUCAGCUUGUGGGUGAGGGGCUGCGGCUGGCGGGCAUCUCACUAAGAUACGUGUACGCCUCCGCUGCGCUUCGCUGCGUGGAGACUGCACAGGAGCUUCUCAGAGGUUUACAAGACCCAACGGUCAAAAUUAGGGUGGAGCCAGGUCUUUUUGAAUAUAAAGUGUGGCAUAGCGCAAAGGGCCUAGCGCCCUUCAUGACACCUCUUGAACUCCACAAAGCAGGAUUUAGUAUUGAUCUCAAUUACAAGCCGUAUGUAGAUCUAGAUGUAGAUACGCCGGAGACUAUAGAAGAAUUUUACGACAGGCAUGAGAAAGUUAUUCACUCGGUAGUCAAAGACACAGACGCUGAUGUUGGCAACGUUAUGUUCGUAGGCCACGCUGUUAUGUUAGACAUAAUGGUGUUUGCUUUGAAGCGGCUGGAACAAAAUAAGUCCGAGUAUGUUCCCUACCAACUGAGCAAACACCUACUCCGGGUUCCAUACUGCGCCCUCGGAGCCGUAAAGAAUAAACCCUGGGAGGUAGUAUGCCCUCCAUGUCCACCGUCGAUAAACUCCAGUUCAGGCAGAUAUGACUGGAGAUUAUUAUUGGAUGUAUAAAAUAAAUUGUCUAAUAUAAAUGUAAUAUAGCAAGAAAUCGUGGAUAAAAAUAGAAUUAGAAAAAAAUAGAGGCGCCAUUAACGUUCUUGCGUAUCUAUAAGUUAUUGUAAUAAUUUAAACACCAUGUGUAUGCGCAUAGCCCGUGACCGAAUCAUUGUCAUAGUUUCUCGAACAUUUUUUUUUUCAAAUUAUCCAAUAUAUAAUAUCGGUUAAUGUUGAAUAUAUGUUAUGAAAUCGCUUUGAUCAUUAUUAUUAUAUUUGUGAUAUUUAAUUUUACACUGAUUGAGUUAUUACUGCAAAUCAUACGUUUAGGUAGGUAAUUAUACAUUAUAAAAGAAAAUUAUAAAAUAGCAUCCUAGAAUUUUAAAUUUAUCUAAACCAGGUGACGAACUUGUUUUUUUCUAAACGUGGUGUCAUUAUAUCUUUUAAAUUUUGAGAUAUUGUAUUUGAAUGCUAGUAUUGGCUAACAUGUGAAAAAUUAGUUUAUUUUUUAGUUUGUAAACUUAGAUUUAUUUAAAAAUUACUUUUAUCCAACUGAUGUUUAACCUAGCUGUAUCUCACGGUUUUGUCCGACUGAAUGCAAAUAAAUAAUAUCUUUGUAUCAAAUUUUAUUUAAAUCCUUCGAGUCAUUCAUUUUUACGAAUGUUUAAAAUUUUAGUGAGUGAAAAAUUUUGAGAUUUUUAUAUUUAUUACUUAAUUCAGCAAUUUGAAUGAAAUUUUUAAUGUGUGAUAAUGAAAUGGUGACCCUGCCUGCGCUAUCGGUAUAUGCUAACAGGACACCAGUGUGUAAUGAUAGGUGACGAUAAAAGCAGGUCACGAUGGUUUCCAGGGGGAACCGUGUGGAGGUCGACCUGAUAUCUAUUACUAGCAAUAGGGCUGUUAGACCUCAUUACUAACAUUCCUUUCACCCCCAAUUUGGUAUAUAGAUAAACUACAAUUAUCUUGAAUAACCAAAAUUAUUAAUGUCCUAACACGCGGUUACAGUUGCGAAUUAUGGGUAGUGAAAGACAAAGAGGACAAAAGCCAUUCCCGCUGUAUCUACGGCUGACAAUAUUUUUAACAAAUGUGCUUUAUAUUCAGAAAAUCAAUUUAAUAAAAACUAUUAAUAUUUUAAAACUGCUUUAAUUGCUGCAGUUUUGCUGUGAUUUAUGUUCCUUUUAAAAAGCCUUAAAAAUAUAAAAUAUAUACAAAUAAAAAUAAUAUUCUAUAGGUAUUUAAUUAACUCGAAUAUUAUAAAAAUAUAUAAUAAUUAUCAAUAAGAUAUGAAAUUGUUUAUUUACAUUUUUAAGUA